AUGUCUCGGGAAGCGCCCUGGUGGAAGAACGCCACCAUCUACCAAAUAUACCCUGCCAGUUACAAAGACUCCAACGGCGAUGGUAUUGGCGACAUUCCAGGCAUUCACAGUAAGCUGGACUACAUCCAUGACCUGGGUGUCGACGCCAUCUGGCUCUGUCCCAUGUACGAUAGUCCCCAAUAUGACAUGGGGUACGACAUUCGGGACUAUGAGAAAGUCUAUGAACCAUACGGAACAGUGGCUGAUGUCGAAGCUCUCGUCGCCGCAUGUCAUGAGCGAGGAAUGAAGAUCUUGCUCGACUUGGUGAUCAAUCACACGUCGCAUCUGCACCCAUGGUUCUUGGAAUCUAAAUCAUCCAAGACCAGCGCCAAGCGAGACUGGUACAUCUGGCGCCCAGCCAAGUACGAUGCCGAUGGUAAACGACAACCUCCCAACAACUGGCGCAGUGUCUUUGGGGGCAGUGCGUGGGAGUGGGAUGAGGAGAGUCAAGAGUACUAUCUUCAUCUUUUCGCCAUUCAGCAGCCCGACCUGAACUGGGAAAACCCCAUGAUGCGUGCAGCCGUCUACGAGUCGGCCAUGGAUUUUUGGCUCCGCAAGGGCAUCGACGGCUUCCGCGUCGAUACUGUGAACAUGUAUAGCAAAGAGCAGUCGCUCACAGACGCGCCCAUCAUUGACUCACGCCUUGAGUGGCAGCCGGCUUUCUCCAUGUACUGCAACGGGCCCCGGAUCCACGAAUUCCUGGGAGAAAUGAGCCAGAUCUUGACCAAAUACAAUGCCAUGACUGUUGGCGAGCUUCCACAUACACCAGAGAUCGCUGAUGUGCUGGCAUAUGUUUCGGAGAAGGAAAGUCAGCUCAGUAUGGUCUUCCAAUUCGACAUUGUGGAUAUUGGGUUCGGCAACGUACGCUACAACACCGUCCCGCGGGACUGGACAUUGCCACUGCUUCGCGAACGAGUAGCAAGCACGCAGGUGCUGAUGGAUGGCACCACUGAUGGGUGGAGUACAACCUUCCUUGAGAACCAUGAUCAAGCACGUUCCAUUUCCCGCUGGGGCAGUGAAGAGACCCCGAAGCUCUGGGCACGAAGUGCCAAGAUGCUGGCAGUACUGGUUGCCAGUCUCUCGGGAACGCUUUUUGUAUAUCAGGGUCAAGAAAUUGGCAUGGUGAAUGCACCCGCCGAGUGGGAUAUCAGCGAGUACAAGGAUUUGGACAGCUUGAAUUAUUACAAGUUUGUGCAAGACUUGUCUGGCAAUGAUCCCGCUGCAAUGGGAGCAGCGAAGAGCGCCUUGGCCCAUCUCGCUCGUGACCAUGCCAGAAUGCCUAUGCAGUGGGAUGGCACACCCAACGCUGGUUUCACAACUCCUGAGGCGAAGCCCUGGAUGCGCGUACACGACAACUAUCCCGAGCUGAAUGCCAAGCGUCAGGCGCUUGAUCCUAAAUCUGUUCUCUCAUUCUGGCGGGAACUGCUACGAAUCCGCAAAAUGCACCCGCAGGUGUUCGCAGAGGGGAUUUUUGUCGACACCGAUCCCCUCAACGAAUCCGUAUUUGUCUUUGAAAAGCAGAGUAUCCGGCAGAAGUUGGUCGUUGCUCUCAACUUCACGUCUGAUACCCAGUCAGUUAACUUGACAAGCUGUCUUGGUUCUACCAGCCACAAGGUUCUGCUGCAGAAUUGUGGAGGGAAUUCCCUUGAUAGGUUGGAAGCAUAUGAAGCACGGAUAUACCUUGUAGAUCUUUGA